AUGGAGGAAAAAAGUUUACUCCAAAAGUUACGAUCAUACCCACCGGCGGUAUUCUUCAUGCUCGGUAAUGAGUUCUGUGAGCGUUUUUCGUUCUAUGGAAUGAAAACAAUUCUAUUCAUCUAUCUGAUCACAGAACAUGAAUUCUCACCCAGUAAAGCAACAUUCGUCUAUCAUCUCUUUACCUGCAUUGCCUAUCUCACUCCCCUAAUUGGAUCAAUUAUGGCAGAUUCCGUGUUUGGAAGGUUCAAGGUAAUUCUAUAUGGAUCCUCAAUCUAUGUCGUUGGCCAUGUCCUUUUAUCCAUGGGAGCCGUUCCAUUCCUCUCCUAUCCAAUCAGAUCUUCACUUGAUUUCUCUGGACUUUUUGUGAUUGCAUUUGCCACUGGAUGCAUCAAACCGUGUGUUUCUGCAUUUGCUGCUGAUCAAUUCACAGAAGAUCAAAAAGAUCUCCGUUCCCAGUUCUUCUCAUUCUUCUACUUUGCCAUUAACGGAGGUUCUCUCUUCGCUAUUAUCAUAACUCCAAUCCUUCGUGGACGUGUUCAAUGCUUCGGAAAUCAACAUUGUUUCCCAUUAGCUUUCGGAGUUCCAGGGGUUUUGAUGCUAUUGGCUUUGAUUCUCUUUUUGAUGGGAUGGUCUCAAUACAGAAAAUAUCCACCGAGCAAGGAAAAUGUCGGAAGUAAAGUUAUUGCUGUAAUCUACACUUCAUUGAGAAAAAUGAUUGGAGGAGCAUCCCGUGACAAACCUGUAACUCACUGGCUUGAUCACGCAGCUCCAGAACACUCCCAAAAGAUGAUUGACUCUGUCCGAGGUCUCCUGAAUGUUGCCGUCAUCUUCUGUCCUCUCAUCUUCUUCUGGGCUCUUUUCGAUCAACAAGGAUCCACGUGGGUUCUCCAAGCACGUCGUCUCGAUGGAAGAGUCGGUCAUUUCUCGAUUCUCCCUGAACAAAUUCAUGCAAUUAAUCCAAUUUGUGUUCUCAUCUUGGUUCCAAUUUUCGAAGGAUGGGUCUAUCCAGCGUUGAGAAAAGUAACCAAAGUGACUCCAUUGAGAAAAAUGGCUGUUGGAGGACUUUUGACAGCUUUCUCGUUCGCUAUCGCUGGAGUUUUGCAGCUCAAAGUGAAUGAGACAAUGGAAUUCCCACCAACACUCGGAAGAGUUUAUUUGCAAAGAGUUGGAAACGAGAGUUUGAUCACUGAUUUCAGAUAUAAAAAUGAUGGAAAACUUAUUGGAGACGGAAUGCUUCCAAAGGGAAGAACAGAAUUAGAUGCUGGUAUCUACACAUUCAAUACUGGACUUAAAAACGAAUCACAAGAUAUUGACAUCUCAAUUCAAAACAAGGGAUACGUGAUGGCAGUUUUUAGAUUGGAACAAGGAGUAAAAGUUGUGAAAUUCGAUUACAAAGUAGAGAAAACUGACAAUGGAGCAACACGUGUAUUCGUCGUUACUGCUAAAGAUGAUGAGAAUAGUUUGGUUUAUGCAAUCAACAAAAAAGGAAAGAUUCUGAGCAGCUGUGAACUCAAAUCGGGAUCGUAUGUUGAUGUGAUCCCUGGAAUUAUCAGUGAUCCAAACGUUCGAUUGUAUUGGGGACCAAAGGGUAAUUGCUCUGGAACUGAUUGUGCAAAUACUGUUGCUUUGAAUGCGCAAAUGGGAGCUGUUCACGUUCUUCACAUUCAUCCAUCAACAACUGAGGAUGAUUUCAAUCUUUUGGUCCGUCCGAACUCAGUGAGCAUUCUAUGGUCUCUUCCUCAAUAUGUUAUUAUCACUUUGGGAGAAGUUCUGUUAUCAGUAACUGGAUUGGAAUUCGCCUAUUCUCAAGCUGCUCCAAACAUGAAAUCAGUUCUCACAGCCAUGUGGCUUCUGACUGUUUUCGCUGGAAAUCUGAUUGAUAUGAUGAUUUCUGGAACUCGUCUCAUCCCACACCCAGCAUUGGAAUUCUUCUUCUACAGUAUUCUCAUGGUUAUAGUCAUGGGUGUCUUUAUUCUUUUAGCCAUGCAAUACACCUACGUGGAAGAUAAUGAUGAAGAGAUAACAAUAACGGAAUCUGAGAAGAAAGAUGUCAUUGCAUUGACUGAAAUUGAAUCAGGAACAGCUACAAAUGACAAAAAAGAAUAA